AUGGAGUUCCUGAAACCGUUAACAUGUGAAGUCUCGUGCACAAAAACUUACAAUGGAGGAAACAGAGAGGACAUGGAAAAGCUAGACAAAUUGAAAAAGGCUAUUUAUUUGAACUACCAGCACCACUGGAUUGUUGAUAAUAUGCCAGUGACGUGGUGUUACUCCGUGCCUCAGAAGCCCAUGUAUUGUUCCACCGGGUUUCCCGUAGGAUGUUACAUUAACCAGAAGGGCCAGCAGAUGGGAUUCUGUAUGAUUCCACCGGAACAACAAAAGGAAGACACGUACUAUGUAUACAACGAUUUGGAGCUUGUGGUUUCGUACCACAGCGGAAAGAAGGAGGACUGGGGAUCGUCUUUCCAGGCAAAUGGAGGAAGGAUAAUUUCUGUGAAAGUUUACCCGAGGUCUAGUACGCAAUGCGGCAAGUCAACGUCCAUGCUGCAGAUCAGUGGAAAACAGUUGGGGAGCAAUGAGAAGAUUCAAAUCCCAUACACAUAUUCCGUUACAUUUGUGGAGAACAACACGACGAAGUGGGGCUCUCGUUGGGAUCACCUGCUCGAGUCUGGACCGGAUUCGAACAUCCAGUGGUUCUCAAUUCUCAACAGCCUCGUGAUCGUCCUAUUCCUGUCUGGAAUGGUGGCGAUGAUCAUGCUGAAAACGCUGCACAAGGACAUUGCGAGGUACAAUCAAUUGGACGCUGGCGGCAGCAGUGACGACGCCCAGGAAGAAUUCGGGUGGAAGUUGGUGCAUGGCGACGUUUUCCGGCCGCCCAGGAAAGGAAUGCUGUUGGCAGUCUGGGUCGGGUCUGGUGUCCAAGUUUUCCUGAUGACGCUCAUCACCUUGGUGUUCGCGUGCUUGGGAUUCCUGAGCCCUGCGAAUCGAGGAUCAUUGAUGACUUGUGCCCUGGUAUUGUACGUGUGCUUGGGUACACCCGCGGGCUACGUGUCUGCCCGACUUUACAAGAGCUUUGGCGGGGAAAAAUGGAAGUCCAACGUGUUGCUGACUGCGAUGCUCUGUCCAGGGAUUGUUUUCGGAGUUUUCUUCAUCCUCAACUUGGUAUUCUGGGUCAUGGAUAGCUCGGCUGCUGUUCCGUUCACUACUCUCUUGGCGUUGCUUUCGCUGUGGUUCGGAAUUUCCGUGCCAUUGACUUUCGUUGGAGCUUAUUUUGGCUUUCGACGACGUUCAUUGGAAUAUCCGGUACGGACGAAUCAGAUACCGAGACAGAUUCCAGAACAGAGUGCGUACACACGUCCGGUGCCAGGCAUCGUUAUGGGCGGCAUUUUGCCAUUUGGGUGCAUUUUCAUCCAACUUUAUUUCAUUCUCACAUCAUUGUGGUCAAGCCAGCUGUUUUACAUGUUCGGCUUCUUGUUCCUGGUUUUCAUCAUCUUGGUUAUCACGUGCUCGGAAACGGCCAUUUUACUUUGCUAUUUCCAUCUCUGUGCUGAGGACUACCGUUGGUGGUGGAGAAGUUUCCUGACCUCGGGAUGCACGGCUCUGUAUUUGUUCCUCUACUGCAUCCACUUCUUCGUUACCAAGCUGGAUAUCAAGGAUUCAACGUCCACCUUCUUGUAUUUCGGCUACACUUUCAUUAUUGUGUUUCUGUUCCUGCUCCUCACUGGCACGAUCGGAUUCCUGGCUUGUUUCUGGUUCGUCCGCAAGAUCUACAGCGUUGUCAAAGUGGACUAGGGUGGAAGCUGGGCGUUUCCGGUGUGUGUGCGUGUAUGUGUAAAAGGAAAGCAGGACAAGUUUUUGCAUCUUUUCUCCAUCUCUUUCUCCCGUUGUACCUUCAACACUCUGUGUCGUGUGCGUAUUUGGACGGGUGACUUGAAGCACGUUGAGCAUGCCGUGAAACAAGACAACGUGUGUUUCGGGGGUUGUGAUGGCGCGUCCAGAGUGCGGAAAUAAGGGCUCCCUUUUUUGUUAUUCCCCCUAAAUCCUCACCAGGUGUUUUCUCGAUCAUCGAGUGGCAUUAAUGCUUUCCCGCGGGGUGUGGUGUUUAAAAAUCGGCACCGGUUCCGGAAUAACUGCUGAAGUGAUGCCUGGUUUUCCUUUUUUUUGGCAUUCAAUUCGAAAUUUUCCCGAGGUUUCAGUGAACUGUUUCUGUUUUAGCGCGUGACCAACCGUGCGAGUGUAACUCGAAUCAGUGGCACAAGGACUAAGAUUCUUAGUGGAAGGCCCGCAUGCGUCAGUUGAAAAUUAUAACCGUGUUGUGUAAGAAUAAAAUUCUGUUAGUCGGUCAUGUCCUAGGCUAGUGUCCAGGGAACUGUUCCUUUUCCGGCAUGUGACCAAACAUGCGAGUGUAACUUAACUCAGUCUUAGUUGUUAAAUAAGGACUAAGAUUCUAAGUGCGAGGCCAACACACGUCAGUUUAAAACUAUAAUCAUGUUGUGUAAGAAUACAAUUCUAUUAGUUGGUCAUUUUCUAGAAUUGUAUCCAGUGAAGUUAUCUGUCUCUUGUAGAUUGGGUCUUCUCUAUGGAAUAGUUUUAGAUGCAGUAAGUUAAAAUUGAGAAUUAUUUAUCCAUUUCUAGUAGUAUUCACUGAAGUGAUGCGUUUCCCCAAUUUAAGGGUAUUUGUACAUUUUUCUUCCCAUGAAACAGUUCAAUAUGGUUGAUUUACAACGCGUGAAGAAAAUUUUGAAGCAUUGCAAAAAAGAAAAAAACCGUUGUUGAGAAGAUGAAUUGGCCUUGAAUGGAUUUCAAGUGGCUCUUGUUCUUGUGGAAUUGAUGUUACAUUUAACAUAUGUAAUUGAUUAUACUUAUAGGUCUCACACUAGGAGAAGGGGUUGUAUUGAUUUGCCAUAUUUCUGAGGAAGUACUGUAACAUAAAACAAAAUUUCAAAUUGUUCAAUCAUAUGAAGUGGAAUCACGAGAACACAUCAAGUAUGAGAGACAUUUUCCACUUAUUAUUUCUUAUAAUCAUGCGCUACAUCCCGAAACGAAGUAUGAAUGUUCUGAAUCAUCCUGUUGACGCCGUUUUGAUGAGGUGGGGAUUUUCUCAUGAUUUGGUCAGUGUGUGAAAUUUGUCAGUGAUUUUUUCCAUGCUCUGUGUGUGCUGUUUUUUUCUUGUCGGAAAUUUCACGUUCGUUGCAUGAAGUGCGACUCGGGCGCGGAUAUAUUUUUCAAUGAUUUAUAUAUCCUCGCAGUUUUCAAAAAGUUGAGAUUCCAUUCCUCGAGAUCAAUCCAGGCUAGUUUCGAUUGAUUGCAGCUUCGAAGUAGACUAAUCGGAAAAAAACAUUUGUGACUGUCGAGGGCAAGUUAUUUUUGUCGUGUCGUUGAUUUGCGUUUAAAUCAGUAAAGGCAGUUAAAAAAUUCUACUAUUACCAAACGGGAUUCGAUUUUUACUCUCUCUGUCUGUUUUCUUGAUGCUCAUCUUUAAGAAAAGGGAAAGAAAUGGAAUGCGAACAGUGGAAUUAUUUCGGAAAGUAUUUCAAUUGAUGCUGUUGUUUCCCCAAAGACGAAGUUCGGUGAGGGAUUUCUUGAAUGUCGUUGGAUUUCGCUCUUCUGCACAAGAGAUUUUCAACAACAAAAAGUCGGCAAUUGAUGUUUCUUGUGGAGGUGUGAGACAUUUUUCCCCGCACUACUUCCUUUUUUUUCUAUGUCAAGUCCGCGGUGGGCCUGUGAUCAAGUUGGAAAGAAAAAUGUGGGGGAAAGGGAGAGGAAUUGAGUUGUUAGCUUAGAGCAGGGAAGCGUGGCCCGUUGGGUUUCCGGGCGAUGCCGUCAUCGAGAUGAUGCCCCGGGUAUUCCCUGUUAUUUUUGUUGUGGUGUCUUUGAAGGAAAGGUGUUUUUUUGUUUGAUUUGUUUUUUUUUCGGGAGGAGAUGAUGCACAGGGAGUUUUAUUUAUUGAUCGAUGGUUUUUUGCUUCUGCAGUUCAUGAGCACGUUUUAAGCGGUUUGCGACAAGAGGUUUUUUUUUUGAGUGAAUAAAAAAGGAAGAUCGCAAUGUUGGAAAAUGGAA